CGAAAAUGAAGAGCAGGCGGCUAGUGAACCCUAAUUAGUUGUCGGUGUUUCUUGGAAGAGUUCAUCUCUGUUUUCUUCGUCUUCUUCCCCGAUAUCAAUCAGAGAUGCGACCCACAUCACAAACUCAUUAAAGCUUUCAACUUUCAACCUCUCAGCGAAGCGCUGCCCCAUUUCUCUCACCUCUUCGCUGGGGGAACCAUAACUUUUACACCUCCUCGCAGUGCAAGUUGAAUUGCACGCACAUGUUAGCGAAAGCCCAUAAUAAAGGGGAUGGAUCUAAGUCCCUGGCUAAGAUACUGGCAAGAUGGAAAGAAUAUAAUGCCCAACUUGAUUCCUGCAAUGAUGCGGAUAAGCCGGUUCGGAAAGUUCCCGCCAAAGGGUCGAAGAAGGGAUGUAUGAAAGGUAAAGGAGGGCCUGAGAACUCGCGGUGUAACUACAGAGGUGUAAGGCAAAGGACUUGGGGAAAGUGGGUUGCUGAAAUCCGAGAGCCUAACAGAGGAAACAGGCUCUGGCUAGGUACUUUUUCCACUGCCAUUGGAGCUGCCCUUGCAUAUGAUGAAGCGGCAAGGGCAAUGUAUGGUUCUUGUGCGCGUCUCAACUUUCCCAACGUUUCCGUUUCCAGUUUCUCUGAGGAAUCUUCCAAAGAUUCUCCAGCUGCAAAUCAAUCUGGUUCCCCAAUGGCAGUGACGGCACAUACUGAGUCCAUGAUAUCGCCAAAUAACUCCAGGGUAGGUGAUGCAGAGGAUAUGGAUAUGGAAUCUAUUUCCUUAUCCUUAGGUGUAAAACACGAGAAUGGGGAUGGUGAAUCAGGGACCAAUUCGUCCCCUCCUUCAUCCUCAUGAUGUACAUUUGGAUAUCGCCAGAAUUUUCAGUGCUUCUACUUGUUAAUGAUUAGCUUAGGGUUAAUGAAUCUUGAUAUUUGGUCCUGGAGAUUAGCUGUUGUAAAACUAAAAUGAACUUGGUUGAAAAAUGGUCAUUUCUUCUGGUUUUGGCCUAAUGCACUCUGGAUAUCCGGUUAAUUUUUAACUCAUAAGAUGUGAAAUAUACUCUACCUUCCCUGAUGUAAAAUCCCCUCACCCCCUCAAUCUUUUUGCCAUUUGUUGUUGUGUCUAUUUUAGACUGCAUAAUGUGGUGUGAUUUGUCCUGCUAAACUAAUAUUAUACCACUGAAUGUGUGAACGUGGUUUAUUUAAUUGUAAAUAUUUUCAUUUCU